AUGUUCUCCAUAUUCAACAUCUGGGGCACGUUCAUCAAUGUGCUCUUCUAUCUCAGCCUCAUCGUCAGCCUGGCGGGGCUGGCAGGCAACGCCCUGCUGCUCUGGCACCUCGGCUUGCACAUCAAGAAGGGCCCCUUCAACAUCUACCUGCUGCACCUGGCUGCCGCCGACUUCCUCUUCCUCGCCUGCCAGGUGGGCUUCUCUAUCUCUGAGAUCGCCUUGGGCUAUGAGGGCACACUCCACUUCCCGGUCAUCUUCCUAUGGUUUGCGGUGGGGCUCUGGCUGCUGGCUGCCUUCUCUGUGGACUGCUGCCUCAACUACAUGUUCCCCUCCUACUGCAGCCCCAGCUGCCGCCCCCGGUACACCUCAGCUGUGCUCUGCCUUCUGAUCUGGGCAUUGACCAUGCCGGCCGUGCUCCUGCCAGCCAAUGCCUGUGGCCUGCUGUACAAGGGGAUGAGCGUGUUCAUCUGCCUCAGAUAUCACUGGGUCAGCGUCGUGUGGCUAGGGGUGCUGGUGAGCAUGGCCUGUGGGGCCAGCAUGAUUCUCUUGAUCUGCGGGAACUGCUGCUCUUUGCAGCCACCCCCCAAGUUCUGCAAGGUGGCCCAGUGCCUCGGGAUCCUGCUGUUCUUCUGUCACCUGCCCAUGGUUGUCUACUGGAGCCUGCGGCCGGUCAUCGCAUUCCUGCUCCCCUUCUUCUUGCCGUUGGCCACCCUCCUAGCCUGCGUUGACAGCAGCGUAAAGCCCCUCUUGUACUACAUGAAGGGCCGGCAGCUCAGGAAGAAGGAGCCGCUGCGGGUUGUCCUAAACAGGGCUCUAGGAGAGGAGUCCCAGUCAAACCUUGGGGGUUUAUCCCUGCCUAUGAGCCAAGCGUAG